AUGAUAUGUUAUUGUCAGAUGAGUUGUUUCGUAACGGUUGGCAGUACACAAUUCGAUGAAUUGAUUGAAACGGUGUGCACCAAAGAAGCGAUUAGUGCGUUAAAGGAACGUGGUGUAAGUUCAGUGCUCAUACAGUGCGGUAAUGGUAAAUACCGACCGGUCGGGUAUAGUAUCGAUGAUGAGUGGUUCAGUUUGUAUGGUAUGCAAGUUUGUUUUUAUCGAUUCAAGAAGGCGAUUAUUGAGGAUUUGAGACGUGCGCAUAUCGUCAUUGCUCAUGGUGGAGCAGGUACGUGUUUAGAAAUUCUUGAGCUUUCGAAAGCGGGAUUCGUCGUUAUAAAUGAACAUCUAAUGGAUAAUCAUCAGACAGAAUUGGUUGAACGUUUAGCUGAAUUAGGGCAUAUCAUCUACGCAACUCCUGCGAAAUUGGUCACUGCGCUUGAAACGGCGGAUGUGUCUUGUUUGAAACCGUUCUCGCAGAAUGACACCUCAAAUUUUGUGAAGUACAUUGAUCGUACGCUCGGCAUUGUUCAUCAAUAUUAA